GAUGAAAGAGAGCUAAAACGACAGAGAAGAAAGCAGUCAAAUAGAGAGUCUGCUCGCAGAUCCAGGUUACGCAAGCAGGCUGAAUGUGAUGAGCUGGCACAAAGAGCAGAAUCCCUGAAAGAGGAAAAUGGCAAUCUAAGAGCAGAAGUGAAUAGGAUCAAGUGUGAAUAUGAGCAGCUUGUUGCAGAGAAUAACUCUCUCAAGGCAAGACUUGGGGAAAUUCCGGGACAUGAAGACAUUAGAUCUGGCAGGAAUGACCAACAUUCGAGCAAUGAAGCACAACAGACUGGACAAACGGAGACGGCACAGAGUGGUCAGUAGGGUAUCUUGACCUGUUUAAUUAUGAGGUUCUGGGAGCAUAACCUAACAAGUUAGCAACAGGAAGUUCCUAUUUUGCAUAGCAUUUAGUUUGAUAACCUGAAAAAACAAAAAAAGUUAAAAAUGUAGCUGACCUUGAUUAGUUUUAGGGAUCUGGUUGUCCUAUCAUAGUUAAAUCCUGAUUCAACUCGUGUUUACAGUUGAUGAUAGUUGAAGGUAUGGUAAUUGGGUAUGUAAAAGUGUGAAGUUCUGUCCUGGCCCUUUUAUGUUUAAGAAAAGAGGGUAUUAUUCACAGUGUUCAAAUCAAAUCUUAUUUGUAUCAAAUAUGGUAUGUGAGACUCUGUAACUCGGAUUGAAUCAUUAUGAUUAUAUGUUAUCUUUGGUACAUAUUGAUGUGUGGAAA